AUGCUCCGCUCGAUCGCUCGAUCGACCCGGGAACGCGCGCGUGGGAGUAGUCAUACCGAUGACUACGCGCGCGUGGACCUGGACGCGUGCGCGGGAAAACGUGUAAGAGACGCGUCGCGCGCGCGCGGGCAAUCACCGCGCGCCGACGACGAAGACGGGUCGACGAACGAUGCGAGCGCUCUCGUGGACGCGCGCGCGCGCGCGCGAACGUCGAUUCGAGCGACCUCGCACUUCGGACGAGAUCCCUCGACGUCGACGGUGUCGUACGACGCCGGACAAAGAUUAUUGACGUGCGGGACGCGAGGCGGCGUGAAAACAUUCGGCGGCGACGGAUUCGAGGCGACGUGCGCGACGACGAGCGGACGAUCGAUGGGGGAGUGCGUGCGGGCGUCGUACGUGCAAGGGGCGACGCGGUUUUAUCGAUGCGGCGACGAUGGAUCGAUGACGGUGUGGGACGCGCGAGAGGCGAGAGAGCUGGCGAGCGGGACGCUUCGCUCGAGCGACGGCGUCGCGCCGAGCUGCGCGAGCGAGGCGAUUCGAGGAACGAACUUUUACUUGACGGGUAUGGGCGACGGCUCGAUGCUCGUGCACGCCGUGGGGGUGGACGGGAGCGGGCGUACGACGGUGGCGCAGAGGCGCGGGUACAAAGUGAGCGCUUCGAGCGCUCGCGGGAUUGACGCAGACGACUCCGCGAGCGCUCCGGUCGUUGCGGUGAGAAUGCGACCGGGGAGGGAUGAGUGCGCGCGGGUUUUGAUCGCAUGGAGCGACCGUUCGAUGGCGUUGUGGCACCUGCACGAGAAGAGGUCGACCGCGAGGACCGCCGCGGCGGAUGACUCGGACGAUUCCGCGCUGACGUGCGCCGAAUGGCUUGAUGAAAAUUUCAUCAUCACGGGACACUCCGACGGUGUCGUGCGCGUUUGGCGAAUCCGAUCGGAUGAAAUCGUGGUGAUGCAGCGCAUUCGUCCUCACUCCACGGUCGAUGCGGCGUACAAGGGCGCUUUGAUGCCAAUCAGAGCUUUGAGGACGUUUGUCGGCGACGAAGACGAUGUAAAUCGCGACGUGGGAACCUGGGUUUUGUGCGUCGGCGGUGAAGGCGAAGCCUGCCCUGACCCUGUGAUUUGUCUCAGAGCGACGCGUGCUGGGGGUGAUUUCAGGAUCGAAAACGUCGGAGCGGUCGCUUUGCCGUGGUUUGGUCCUGUCUUGGACGCGGCGCCGAUACCUUUUCGUGGCGUCAUUGAAUCCGUGUGUGUCUUGAGCGAAGGUUCGCAACUGCACGUUCACGACGUCCGGUACGGUGUCGCCAACGGUGACCUCGCCCGCCCGCGCGAAGUAAAUGUUUGCAGACCAACGUUGUCGACGGCGUGCGGGCCAGCCGUGUGCGUUGCCGCGAGAGACAUCGAGCAGGCGUUCAUGGCGAACGCGUUGAGAGGCGGGUUGCUCGUGGAGAAUAAUGACAUCGACGCGUCGUACGGAUGGACGGGGUCUAAGUGGCCGAUCAACGGUGGUCAAAACGGCGACGUCGCGAACGCACCUAGAGGUCGAAUCGUCGUCGGCGCGUACGGACGGGACGGUUCGGGCGUUUGCGUGUACCUCGAUCGGGGCGGGCGUCUCGUCUCUGGCGGACGCAUUUCGAUCAGCGACGAUCCUGCGAGUCGGUUGUAUCUCGACGCUGGCGGCGCGCUGCUCGUGAUUGGCCGUAAAAGUGGUUCUGUCGAGAUCUAUGCUCUUCGUCAGUUCCCCUCGAGCGAUAAUGAUGCGCGCGUGAGAGAGCGAACGUACGUGAGAGAUUUGGGCAGGAGCGAAAUGGAGAGUGAAGCAGACGAGCGCGAGUUUCUCGCGGAGAGCGCUCGAGACUUUGCGGAUAUAGAUUCAACUGCCGCGUGCGUAACAUCUGUAUACACGCUCAUCGGUGUGUACAAAUCGCCGACGCACGCGGGUAAGUCUAUAUCGUGCGUUCGGACGAACGCCUCGGCGACGCUCCUGGCGAUCGGCGACUCGGCUGGCGGCGUCUCUUUGCUUAACAUCCAGCGAGGAUCAGUGGUCUGGACGGAGCCCAGCGUCGAAGAAGACGCACGCGCUGCUCCGACCGUGGUUGUAGACUUCGACUUCGGGCUCCCUCUCCCGGAUGUUCCCGAGGAGAACGUUUUGGUCGUCCUCGACGCGGCUUCGAGUGUUCGCUUUCACGCCCUCUCGAAUGGAUCGCGAAUCGGGAAAACGAUGCAUCCGAAGAAUCCAUCCGAGGCGCUCGCAAUUUCAUUGCUUCAGAUUGAUGGCACUCCGUCCGAUGUCGUUCCACCCGGUGCCGUUCGACCGGGAGCAAAGACUUGGUUCGCUCCACCGCGAAACUUUACGUACUCCUUCCUUGCCGCUGAAUUUUCAGUGGACGACGACGACGAGGAUAUUGUUCCUUCGACGGACGAAGAAGCCGACGGCGCUCAACCGAUCGUGACACCAAGUAUGACGAUGAUCGUCGUGACCGUCGCGAAAGACGCGAUGCGAGCGUACCACGCGGUAGGAUGCUCUCGCGGCGAGAGAAGCGCUCUGCGCAAAGUUCGCCUCGAUGAAGAGCCACUCAACGGCGCGUUCGUCGUGCGCGAUGACGACGAUCAAGACGAAUUCGCGCACGCUUUCGGGCACGGACGCACAAAGUGCCCGUUUGUAGUCGCGCUGACGACGACGGGUCGCAUCCUGGCGUUUAAUCUACCGUCGCUACGACUCCAGGAGAGUGCGUUUGGUCCGUCGUCGCUCGUCUCAAAUGCCUCGGCGUUCGGUGGUUCGCGAGGUGGUUCGAUGGUCAUCGUGGGUGACGACGGUUUGUCCCUGACGCGAUUCGAAACAUUCUCAGGACCGUUUCCGGCUCACGACACCAUGAUCGACAUCGACGUCGAACGAGCCGCCGAAGCUGCACGCGCCGCGCGCCGCGCCAUGGAAGAGAACGAUCCCGAGCUCGCCGUUGGCACAUCGCCCAAGCGUGACGCCUUGCCCGUGACGCCUACUCAGAAGAGUAAAACACUCACUAUGAGCGAGGCACUUCGUCAGCGCGCGAAGAAAGCGAUGGAAAAGUUCGAACAGUUUACAACGUCACCGCUCGUCGAGCGUCCGACGCCGCGAGAGACUGUGCAUACGACGACAGAUCUCGCGUUGCUCUUCGCCGAGACGCGCAUCGAGGAGCCCUCCACGUCGGUUCCAGCGAGCGCAUCGGGUAAAAGGGACGUCGCCGAACGGAAAGCACGCGACGAGCUUUUCUCCACGAGCGUCACGCCCACGCGCGCGACGAGCGCCGCGGCUAUCAGAGAGAAGUACGGCCGAAACACAGCCUCGGCGGCGGCUUCCGCGGCGGCGGACGCGCGAGACGCCGCGGCGGAGCGUGGAGAAAAGCUCGCCUCCAUUCAGGACAAAUCCGCCGCCCUCGAGGCGGACGCGGCUAAUUUUGCCGACCUCGCCCGAGAGAUUCGCAAGAGAUCCGAGCGUCGUUGGCUCUAG